UUAAUUGUUUUAUAAUCAAGAUUAAUAUUGAAUUUAUCUAUAGGUCAGCAGUAAGUACAAGCUAGAUAACACGAGGAUCCGGUUUACUGUAACUGGCGAGUGUUGUGGUUUAUGAUUUUAUUUGUAUGUAUGUUCCGAUAUUUAGACGCCGUAAAUCAGUUUUAUCAGCCGAUCCGUAAAUAGCCGUUUGUAAAGCAAUCUUGUUGUAAUCAGUUAGCCACCUCCGAGACGGCUAUGGAAGACCGGGGUAUCGGAACACCUCACCGAUAACCGAUAAUGCUCGUAUAAAUGUUAUCGGCAGAGCUGUGACCUUAUCACUAGGACCGCUUCUAUCAGAGUGAGCGUUUGUGAGCAGUGUCGGUGUGUUUUCUUAAUUUUCUUUUGUGCCAGUGUUUUGAAUCUGGAAUGGCGCGGAACCAGCCGGAGUCGUGGUGGGUGUCGGCGGCGCUGCGGGCGGUGCGCGCGCUGGCGCUGGUGCUGGACGUGCUCACGUUCCCCGCGCACCUGGCGCUGCAGCGGCCGUGGAGCAAGCGCGCGCUCUCCCGCCGCAUCAAGGCGCGCAUAAUCCAGUCAUCCGACAGCAGCAUAACAGUCCGUUCGAUCGCGGAGCCGUGCGCGUUGCACGUGCGUCUUGUCCGCGACGGCGUGACGUCCAUGGAGGCCAUGCUGCGCGCGGUGGCGGCGAGGUGGGGCAGCCGGCCCUGCCUCGGGACUAGGACUGUGUUGAGUGAGGAGGACGAGCCGCAGCCUAAUGGGAGGGUGUUUAAGAAGUUCAACAUGGGCGAGUACGUGUGGCGCUCCUACGCCGACACGGAGCGCGAGGCCCUACAACUGUCUCGCGGGCUGCGCGAGGCCGGAGUGCCCCCCCGGCAGAGCGUCGUCAUGUUCGCCGAGACGCGCGCCGAGUGGAUGAUCGCCGCGCACGCCUGCUUCAAGCAGAGCAUCCCCGUGGUAACAAUCUACGCGACGCUGGGCGACGAGGCGAUCGCGCACGGCAUCAACGAGACGGAGGUGGGCACCGUCAUCACCACACACGACCUGCUGCCCAAGUUCCGCAAGAUACUCGCAAACACGCCCAAGGUGACAACAAUCAUCUACAUGGAGGACCAGCUGAAGACCACGGACACCACCGGCUUCAAGGAGGGCGUGCGCAUCCUGGCUUACAAGGAGGUGCUCAAGAUGGGACAGAACUCCAAGUUCGAGCCCGUCCCCCCCUCCCCCGACGACAUCGCGAUCAUCAUGUACACAUCAGGCUCGACGGGCGUGCCCAAGGGCGUCCAACUGUCGCACCGCAACAUGCUGGCCACGCUCAAGUCCUUCGCGGACGCCGUGCCGAUACGUGACGGGGAUUUGCUGAUGGGCUUCCUGCCGCUCGCGCACGUGUUCGAGUUGCUGGCCGAGACGCUGUGCCUGCUGGCCGGUGUCCCGAUCGGCUACUCCACCCCACUGACCAUGCUGGACUCUUCCUCCAAGAUCAUGAAGGGCACCAAGGGAGACGCCACCAUCCUGCGACCCACCUGCAUCACCACCGUACCGUUGAUAAUGGACCGCAUCUGCAAGGGCAUCACGGACAAGGUGACCCGCAGCGGCCCGCUGGCCAGCGCCUUCUUCAAGUGGGCCUACACGUACAAGGAGACCUGGAUGCGUAGGGGUUACGACACGCCGUUCUUGAACAGAUUCAUAUUCGCCAAGAUCUCGUCCUUACUCGGCGGCAACAUCCGGCUGAUGAUCAGCGGCGGCGCGCCGCUGUCGCCCGACACCCACACACAGAUCCGCAUCUGUCUGUCGUGUGACGUCAUCGCCGGCUACGGACUCACCGAGACCACCUCCGCCGCCACCGUCAUGGACGCGCACGACAGGUCGACUGGCCGCGUGGGCGCCCCCACUACCGGCACGGACAUCAAGCUAGUGAACUGGGAGGAAGGAAACUACCGCGUCACCAACAAACCAUUCCCACAGGGCGAGGUAGUAAUCGGCGGCGACAGCGUGGCGGAGGGCUACUACAAGAACCCGGAGAAGACUCGCGAGGAGUUCCUCGAGGCCGACGGCCGCCGCUGGUUCCGCAGCGGGGAUAUAGCUGAGCUGCAUCAUGACGGCUGCUUGAAGAUAAUCGACCGCAAGAAGGACCUGGUGAAGCUGCAGGCCGGCGAGUACGUGUCGCUGGGCAAGGUGGAGGCGGAGCUGAAGACGUGCCCCGUGGUCGAGAACAUCUGCGUGUACGGGGACAGCAGCAAGAACCACACCGUGGCGCUGCUCGUGCCCAACCCGCAGCACCUGAGCGACUUGGCGGCGCGCGUGGGCGUGGCGGGGCUGAGCUUCGAGCAGCUCUGCGAGAGCGAGGCCGUCGAGAAGGCCGUCGUCAAGGAGCUGGCUGAUCACGCGCGCAAGUGUGGCCUAGAAAGGUUCGAGGUGCCGACGGCGGUGAAGCUGUGCACGGAGGUGUGGUCGCCCGACAUGGGGCUGGUGACGGCCGCCUUCAAGAUCAAGCGGAAAGACAUCCAGGACCGCUACAAGGAGGACAUCAAGCGCAUGUACGCCUCGUGAGGAUGCGUCAAGUACUAGCGGCCGACGACGGGUUAACUGAUCAUGCAGAUGUGUUCGGACUAUCUUGUCUGUGUAAGGCAGGCUAGUUCGUUUAGUUUUUUAACUUCUACAUCAUGUACUUUGGGAGAAUUUUGCCUAGAAUUUGUUCAUUGGUGUUUCAAGUUUUCAACGUUAACUCUACAUAUAGUAACAUAUAGCAUAGCAAACUAACUGGCAUCUGUGUGUCGAACUGUGAACCCCGUCUGCCGCAGAAUGAACGUCGCCAAUGGUCGCAGCCACAGUGUAAAUGUAGGUAUUAUGGAAUGUAGAUUUAUAUUUUGUAAAUUAUUUAUGAACGGAAUACCUAAUGUUCUCUGAAACUUGUCGUUUAAAUUAGAAUACUGAGAUUAGGCCUGAGAGAUGAAGUUUUAUAGGUAUAUUUGUAUAUUGAGCACAUCACAGUUAGACAUGUAACCCUGUUAUUCGAUUACGUACUUUGUAUGCCAAACAAAAAAAUACUACUUCAUUAUCAGAUAUUCAGUCAAAUAUUAAAAUCUUUUGAGCUAAAUAGCGUGUAUUUAAAAUAGCAUUUUUAAAUAAAUUCGAAAUCAUUAUAAAUUGGUGUUUGUAAAUAUUUGUCUAAAAUUAUUAGUUAGUAAUUGAAUUGAGCGGAAGUGUGAGUGAGUGCGUGAGUACUGAGUACAUUGUGUAGUACUGAGUACAAGUCUGUCUAGAACCGAGCGUCAGUCUCUUGUGCUCAUCACGAGAUUCUUAUUUUAAUUGAAUGUUUUAAAAUAAAACUAGAGAUCUGAUUACAUCGAUGCGUUGCGGUUUUUAUUUUAUUAAUUGAUGAGGUUUGGGAUGUAUCGUAGAUAUUGACCUCUAGGUGUCUGCAGAAUAGUCGUUCAGAACAAUUUAAUCUGUCCUAUGGAACUUAAUACCAAUGAAGUUUACUUAUUAUUGUAGAAGUUAUCUGUUCGCCGCCGGUCGGUGGCCGCGGCGCGUGCACAUUAUGUAAAAUCGAGUUUUAGUUUCAAAACGCGUUUUAUUUGUGUAAACAGAGCCUUGUUAGCCUAUGUAAUUUUAUUUAGUAACUUUCACAGGACGGAAACGGCAUAAGUUAAUUGUUUUCUAGUACUUAGGGGGGUCGGGGUAAACCACUAUUUUAUAUAAUUUUGUAUUAGUGAAAUGCAAUAAAUAGAAUUGUCAAUUUCGUUUGUGAAAUUACGCAUUUGAUGCGGCGCAGUGCAUGCAUAAUUGAUUAGCCAAAUUGUUUGUUUUUCAUUAUAAUAUGUUUAGAGGCGAGCCGGUCCCGAGCUUGCAUUGAUAUGAAGAAUCUUUCCUUCUAUACAAGUCAAUGCAUCGCGGGAGCACUAUGUUUUGUUACUUAGUUUUAAAGUGCGAUCAUGUCUGGUAAUUUUAUAUUCAGCGUCCUUUGUUUCCGCAUUUUGCUGAGCAUUUACUGUAUCUAUAACUUCGCUUCGAUUCCACAUUACUUAUAUAACAUAUAGCAGCAAUAGAAUAUUCUCUGUAGGUACGGGGUACCUAACUGUAACGAUAAAUUCCAUAAAUGUAUUUAUUAAAUGUGAAAUGCGUAUCGUAUGUGUUACUAGGUACUUAGUAACAACAUAUUUUUCGAUGUUAUUCACUGUAAAUUAAUUAUUAUAAUAAUGUUAUUAGUAAUUUUGCUCAGUUUAUGUGACUGCAUUUUAUUUUUUUGUUUGCAAUUCUCUAAAGAUAUUACUGAAAACCAAUUUUGUAUUAUUUAUUCAAUAAAUGUUAAUAAAAUCAUA